GGGAGGAAGGAUGCGCUCAGCACCAAGACAGCAGCUGCACAUCAAGCUGCUGCCAGAAGCGGCCGCAUCCUGACCUGGCCAAGAACUACAACUCCCAGGAGGCAGCACGGAGACCCCCCUAAUCCUCCCCCAAUCCUUCCCAUUCCCCUCCCCAGCCCCAGGCUGCCGGGGGACCACAGGGAUGCUCAUGGGACUGGGCUCUCCUCCUCUUCCCCCCAGUGCUACCACCAACAGCGGUGCAGUGGUGGCGUGGGAACCCUCGUCCAUCGGCCGCCCCCUGCUCCUCCAGCCCCUGCUCCCUGCCUUUGUUCAGCUUCACCCUUCCUCCGGUAGCUCUCGCUGAGCUGGCCGCAGACUUCCUUUAGGUCAGCCCAGCUGCGGCCGCAGAACGGUUCGUGGGCGAGUGGCAAGCGCGUCGGUGGCCCUGGUUGCCCCGCGGGAGAGAAAUGCCAGUCAGGGGCUGAUGGCUCGCCCAGUCCAGCAGUCGGAGUCUCCGUGAAUGCCAAGGAAGCUUCUCCAGGAGAUCAGAGCAGGCAGGAGAUGGAGUUACAAGCACUGCGUCUGCAGCUGAGGUGAAAGGAGGCUGAGAAAUGAAGAAGACCACCCACUCCUUGUUGGCCUAGAGCUGGCAUUCAUAGGCAGUACCCUUUUAUUCACCAUGGGGAAUAAAAUGCAUCCAUUAAAGUACAAAAAGUACACUUUGAUGUGCAUGUCCUGAUGGUUUCUCUACCCACCCAGGCAGUCCGUUCCCACCACUCCGUGGCUUUGUGGUGCCACCACGCUGGGCACAACGCUCUGCCACCAUGAAGGACUUGGUGAAGCGCGUGGUGCUGAAGACACACGCGUGUCAGGAGUGUGGCAAGUCCUUCAGCAAGAAGGGCAACCUGAAGAGACACCAGCGGAUCCACACGGCGGAGGAGCUCUUCACCUGCGGGGAGUGCGGGAGGCGUUUCACCACCCGGGGCCACCUCACGACCCACCAGAGCAUCCACACGGGAGAGAGGCCUUUUCGCUGCAGGCAGUGCGGGCGCUGCUUUCGCCUGGAGAUAUGCCUGGCCGCCCACCAGAAGACACACGCCAAGGGUGGUCCCUACCUCUGUGCCCGCUGCGGCAAGAGUCUGAGCACAAAGAUCUACUUCAGCAUCCACAUGCGGACCCAUACGGAGAAGAGGCCGUUCGCCUGCACCGAGUGCGGGAAGAGCUUUGUGAAGAAGGGGACGCUCACCGCCCACAAGGAGAUCCACAAGCGGGAGAAGCCCUUCAAGUGCCCUGACUGCGGUAGGUGCUUUGGGCAGAGCGCCACGCUGCUGGCCCACCAGAAGAUACACCUUCGGGGGGGACCUUUCAUAUGCACUGAGUGUGGGAAGAGCUUGAGCACCAAGCGGUACUUCAAUGUCCACCAGAGAAACCAUGCGAAGCAAAAGUCAUUCGAGGGGCACAUCAAUGGUGUGUCUCUCCAGGUCAUCCAGAUUAAAGAGGAGUCUGACAUUGCCUUUAAGUCAGAAGAGACUGUAUUGGAAUAUAUGCUUUAUGAAGGAGGUGGAGCCCAGGGGUGUAGCGCACCUAGAAACCCAUCUGAUCCAAAAAGUCCUCCAUGGAAAACCCAGACAAAGGAGGAACCCAGUGAUGACACAGAAAACAUUACUGCAAUAGCCUGCCAGAAACCUUACAUCAAGGAAGAGCCAGAAGAAAAUGUGGACUAUAGAAAGCUCUUUGAUCCAAAGAUCCCAGUGACGGCUUUAUCAGAAAGACAGGUUAAAAAGGAAGGAGAUGGUGAUGGGCAGCAUGACUGGGAAGUUCCUGUAGCAGGUAACAGGGUGCUCCAGGUGAAGGAAGAGCCACAGGAAAGCAUUGAGUUUGGGAUCCACUGUGGGCAGAGACCAAACUUCAGUGCCAUCCAGAGGAUCCAGAUUAAAGAGGAAGCUGGCGUGGAGGCUGACCACCAGCAGUGCCUGAGCCCAAGGAGGAGGCCAAAGAAAUGCGAUCAACCCACCAAAGAGGGGAUACUGGAGACCCAGGAGAAAUCCAAGUCCAAGAAGGAUCUCCCAAUGAAAGGAGCUCCCAAAGGUGAACGGAUAUUCCCCUGUCCCGAGUGUGGGAAGAGUUUCAAUCAGAAAUCGAACCUCACCAGGCACCGGAAGAUCCACACGAGCGAGGGGCCGUACAAGUGCAGCGAGUGCGGGGAGAGCUUCCGCAUGAACCGCAAGCUGAUCCGGCACCAGCGGCUGCACAUGAGCGAGCCCUUCAAAUGCACCGAGUGCGGGAAGAGCUUCACCCAGCGAUCAAACCUGGUUCGGCACCAGAGGAUCCACACCAAGGAGGAGCCCUACCAGUGCCCCGAGUGCGAGAAAACCUUCAACCAGAAGGCCAAUCUCUUCCGACACCAAACAAUCCACAUCCGCAUGGGGCCUUGCAAGUGCACCAAGUGCGGGAAGUGCUUCCCCCAGAAGCGCCAUCUCAUCAAACACCAGCUGCUCCACUCCCGAGGGGGAGCCUACAAGUGCGGGGCCUGCGGGAAGCGCUACCGGCUGAAGAAGUACUUGAGGAGGCACCAGAAGAUCCAUGCGCGGGAAGGAUCUGCCCCCCACACAAAGCAUGGGGAGGACAUGAGGACUGGUGGUGGGCCCCACCAUAUGGAGCAGGGAGCAUUGGUCCCCAUGCAAAGUGAAGAGGAGAGUUGAGAGGGCCUGGGACCUGCUUGUGGGGGAAUACCCUUUGGGAAAUUGGGAGACGAAGUCUGUCGGCCGUGUGUGUGUGGUACCACAGGGUGGGGUGGGUAACAUGAGGGGACAGCGAGGCUGAGGCAGAGCCCUGACAGAAACUGGUCUCCUUCUGUUGUUUGUUGAGGAUGGCCUCAGGGUAUCCUUUGCUCACCCUUUGUGAGGCAGAGCUGAAAAGCCAAGCCUCUUCAGAGCAUUUAGGAUCACAGAAUGGUUUGGGUUGUAAGGAACCUCAAAGUCCAUCUAAUUUCAAUCCACUGCCAUGUGCAGGGACCCCUCCCAGCAGCCCAGGCUGCCCCCAGCCCCAUCCAGCCUGGCCUUGGGCACUGCCAGGGAUGGGGCAGCCACAGCUCCUCUGGGCAGCCUGGGACAGGGCCUCAUCGCCCUCACAGGAAGGAAUUUCUUCCUAACAUCUGAUCUAAAUCUACUUGGAGAUGGAGGGAUGAGGUCUUGGCAUCCUUGGUACUGGAAUGCUUGUUCCUCUAAGGCCUGCCAAAAUUGUGGAUGUCAAAAUUGUUUUACGUGGGCAUUGUGUAGCCAGGAGGGCUGGGGGGGGGGGUUAUUUUUAUUAUAUCACUGUGUUUCUGAGAAAGUUGGAGGGAUCCUAGCCCAUUGAAGCAAGGGCUUAAAGAAGGGGUCCACUUUCUUCUUCCCCCUCUCGUGGCUCUGAUCCACACCUGAAUCCCACUGGGCUGAUGGACCUGAAUUGCUAGUCAAUGAGUGGUAUGAAUUUGGGAGUAAUUGCUGCCAACCAGACAAGGGUUUUAAGCCUUGAAUGCCCCAAACCAGGUUCCCAGGUUGGUUUAAGCCAAGUCCCUGAAAGUAAAUUAAGCAAAACCAAUGACUGUUUUUCAAAGCUGGCCCAGAGGCUGGCAGUUUGAGUUCUGGUUUCUCUCCCACUGCCCCACUGCUUGGAUGUAACUGAGAAUGACUUUUCUUAGCAUUCAGUGCUUUUAUGUCUCUGAUGAACCAGGACUGCCUUUGCCACAAGUCCCAGAGGCAUCAGCGACCACCAGCUUGAGCUGUCACUGGUGCUGCUUCUCAGCUGCCUGCUUCUCUGCCUGUCACUGUGAGGCUUGUGGUAGGAUACUGACUUUACUGGGCAUUAUUUAGGGAAUUCAAAUCAAGCAUCAGGAUUAGUUGAACGGGUCUUCAGACUAUGGACGAGAAAACUGGAAACUAUUUCCCUGUUGAGAUGCUUUGAUGCUUUCUCUUCCUGUCCCUGGUGUAAAGAGGACUGUGCAGCUACUCAAAAGCAUGGAGAGUUCUUUAUCACUUACUGCCAACGAUGGUGUUUGAGUGUUCCCCAGCCAGAGGGAUCUUUGUGUCUAGAAAUUCCCUGGUGAAAUGGGGAUGUGGAAGGAGUCCGUGAAUCCGUGAGCCACUCCCCAAUAUUUCUUUGCAGCACCGCUAUGUGGCCAUUUGGGCACAGUUAAUUAAAGACACGUAUUAGGGCUUGUUGUAUUGCUGUAAUAUGUAGAGUCCAAGGGGCAAGUGGGAAAGUGCUCCACGGUGAAGUAGUAUCUCUACCUCUCUGGUUUUGUGCAGAAAAAGAAGCCCCUCCCUCCCCCUCCCCCCCCAUCUGUGAGGCACAUACCUCCACUUUGCAGGAUAUGUUGCAGAAGGCAUCAUAUAGAUGGCACUGAAAGUCAUGCAGCUACCUGCUGUGACACUUUGGACCCAAACUACCGUUUGGCUGCACUGACUGCUUUACAACAGCUGCCUCUCCAGGCAGGAAAACUGAGGCACAAAGGUUAGGAAGGGAACAGGACAAAUGGUACUUUCAUUUUACCUCUACCACCUAGUUGGACACCAUCGUGAUGAGGUGUUUUGUUGUGGUGACUCAAGCCCAACACUGCAUACAGCUGCCAAAUCCUAAAAGCACAGCAUAAUUUUGGUGUUUAGAGUCUCUCAGCCUUCAGUAUAGUCAUGCCUAGGAUGUGAUUUCAAACGAGACAAGCUCUGAUUCAGCUUCUGAAGGAAGCUCUCUAUCCAAGCCUUCAGCUGUGAACCAUAGCCAAGUUGGUUGAUCUGAAAGCUUCCCCUCAAAUCUCUCUGGCUUGGUUGCGAAUCAUUUCUGGGCAGAAAAGGUAGAUAUACAGGGGUAAACCACAAGUUCAGGAUGUUUUAGUGGAGUCCAAGGGUCACCCUUUCUAGAAGAAUUGGUCUAGGUUGGGAAGAUGUGUUCCUCAGAAAGAACAUGGCUAAGCCAUCUUGCAAAGCAAUACAGCUCCUGUUAGGCUUGCUGAGGAGCAGAGGUACAUCAGAGCCCUUCACUGGGGAGAAAGUAAUCACCAGAUGGAUGGCAUUUAUUUCCUCUUUCUUAGACUAGCACAGUGCUGUAAAAGAUUUUACCAGCAAGAGGAUCUGGUAUGGGAGUUUUUCCUGUUGUAUUAUUGUGCCCUUCCUUUGACCUGGACGAGGCAGUGAGUCAACGUCAGUAGCGUUCCUGUCCAUCACUGGGUCUUGCACUGGCCAGUGUGGGUAUCCCAGCUUCUGGAGAAAAUCCGUGUUAAAAGUUUGUAAUAUCUUCUCAAUAAAGUAAGUAUUUAAAGAACAAAAGCA